GCCCAACUCAAAUUUGGAUUUAGUAGGUGGUCUACUGAGUUUCCAUAUAUUGGAUGAUCAAUGUAAGAAAAAAAAAAAAAAACACAAACACUUCCGCAGAAACGGUGCGUUCCAUUUCUUAUUAAUCUAUUCUCCAGGCUCUUCUUAGCGGGGCCGGAGCCGGGCACAAGUGGAGCGGAAAAUGGUGCGAAUUGAAGUGAAGCAUGGCGACGGCAAAGAAUUCCUCUACGACUGCUUAAGCACUUCGCCGGUUGAUGACAUUGCCUCAGAAAUUAUUCGAAUUUCCAAUCUCCAGUCCAAGAUCAAUUGCCUUUCUCUUCAACUGGAGCCUCGCUUGAUUCCCCUUUCCGGCGACUCCAACGCUACAUCCCCCUAUAUCUCUCUGUUUAGAGCGUUAGAAGAAGCCAAGUCCUAUGCAUCCAAGGACCAGGUUUUACAUAAUAGGCCUUUAUCGUACCAUGUCUUGAGAGACCAUCUACAAGCAAUAGAGAAGGAAUUCAUGGAAAUUUAUCAGUUUCUAGGCUUCACAGAUUCUGCUGAGUUUCACCAGCUCCUAAUGGGCAUGGAACUUCUUCAAGAGGGUACAACUAAGCUUUGGUGGGCCGGGAAAGAGCUUGAUAGGAGUACAAGGUUAUGUGAUUAUAUUGGAAGAAACGAGAAGACUAAGAUUGUUAUCAGGCUGCAAUCUGCUGAUUCGCAUAAUGAGUGAUUUUUGAGUAAGACCCCACAUGAGAGUGUAGACAUCAUGUUGAAUCCGUUAAACAAGGAUUGAAGCUCCAACUUAGUCAUGUUCUUGGGACUGCCAACUUCUCAAUAACAAGUCAUCAUAUGUAAAAAGAAUUCUUCAAUCAGUGAAUUUUGCAAUUUACUCAGGACUGUAUGAUCAUUUAACAAUAGAAAGAAUAUUGUCACCGUGUACAAGUUGCAUUCAUGUACUUUUAGAGAUAUAAAUAUAUUCUUAUUUCAUCUAAUUCAAUAAUUAUUAUUAAGAAGGAUCAUGAAGCCACAUUGGAUUUCAUUUUGUUGGAUAUAAACAAGAAAUUCAUUC